CAACUAAUAAAAACCAAACCAAACCAACACAUAUACAUAUAGACAACCGAUGAGUGGUUUUGAACUUGUGCUGAAGUAUUUUUUUUUUUAAAGUGAUGACCCAAUUGUUUUUAUGAUAUCUUGUGUGAGUAUUGGGACAGUUGUUUGUGUGUAUGUAUGUGUUUUGGUAGAUGUGCGCAAAUUGAUGCCAACGAGACAUGCAAUCGACACCAUCAUCGCUGAUGAGAUAUCUGCUACGGAUAGGCAGCCAUAGAUGGCUGACCGCCACCAACGCCACGGCUACUAACACAACAUUAACAACUACUAGUACUACAGUUACCGCAAAUGGAUUGCCAAUUACUGGUGUACGCCAACAGUCGACUAGUGUGCCGUCCAAUAUCAGUGCCGCCGUUGUCGAGGCCAAUGAGCCAAUAGCUAGUGGGGGCAGUGGUGCCGAUUGGGAUCGUGCGAUAGCCAAUGCCGAACAAUUGGUCGGCCAUCAGACUGUUAACUAUAGUCUCCGGAGUCUACUAAGCGAUGAGGUAUACAAUGUGGCACUUCAUCUGAACAAAUUGGUCGGUACUAACCAUCCACUACUCGAGACAGCAAAGCGCCUGACAUAUACUGGCCAUAAGCACAUCCAAACUCGCGGACUCAUUGUCCUAUUGAUGUCCAAAGCAGCCGGACAUCCGCUAACAUCUAUCGACUACAUCGACGCCCAACAAUUGGCCGGCAUAUCAGGUCGGCAGCGAUCGCUAGCCGAGAUGACCGAAAUGAUCUAUUCGGCUCAUCUGAUUCAUCGGGGUAUACUUAAUCUGCAGCCAUCAUCACUACUACUAUCGCAACCGCAAUCGCAACCAACGAAAACCAAAGACCUACACUUUGGCAACAAAAUGUCGGUCCUGUCGGGCGACUUCCUGUUGGCCAGUGUCUGGAAAGGCCUGGGCGAACUUCGGGAUACCAAAGUGGUCGAACUGAUGGCCACCGCAAUCGGCGACUUUAUGGAAGGACAGUUUGUCAUCGAAACGCAGUCGCAGUUUCCGACGGCCCAGUGUGGCCGCGAUUUUUGGGAAGAACGAAACUUUUUGCGUAUCGGCAGCCUUCAGGCCAACAGCUGCCAAUCGGCUGUACAACUGGCCGGCCAUUCAGACAGUCUACAGCUACGGGCCUACAAUCUGGGCCGAAAUAUAGCACUGGGAUGGCAGGCAUUCAACGAAUUGCAGCCCUAUAUUGAUUCAAGUGUACAACAAGUGAACAACAGUACAAUGGAUUUGAUAUCAGCGCCGGUAUGUCUUCAUAUUGAAAACAAUGGCCAAUCGCUCGAUGAAAUAGUUCAAAAUGGAUCCGAUAAUCAAUCUGAUUACGAUUAUAAUAAGCUACAUGUGCUGAUCAGGAAUGGGCCGGCAAUCGAUAAGACCCGGCAAUUGAUACGUGAAUAUACCGAUCGGGCACUGGAAUCGUUGGAGGGCUUUCCCAAAUGCGAUGCCACUCAAGCCCUGUCCAACAUUGUGUUUGCCAUAAGAGACCAAUAG